AUGGCACCGCAACAAGGACCUUCCCGCCGAAACGGGGUUAUUGGGUUUACGAUGAUGGGUGCCCCGACCCCCGUGAUCCCUCCAACCCCCAAUCCUCCAUCCGCCCCCUCCAACAACCAUGGUCCUCCGCACAGGAUCACCCCCCUGGUGGGCCCCGACACAGCCCAUUCCACAUUCUGGGGACAGAGCACCGCCCCAAGUCAAACUCAGCGCGACCUCAGCGCGUUGAGCGAAAGACUUGCGGACGCAGAGAGCACUGUCCAUCGUCAGGAGAGCGAGCUUGCUGACGUCAGGUCCCAGGCGUCUGCCCUCAAAGCCCAACUGACGAAGCAGCGAAGCACCACCCGCUUCGUUGACCAGAAUGAGAUGGAUCGUAUGAUCCAUCGAUCUACCGACAACCGGUCCAAGGAGAUCGACGCCCAAUUGGAAACAAUUACCAGCCGGCUAGACGAGGUCUCUGAAGACCUCGUCCGUGCCAAGGGCGACAAAGCUGCGCUGCGAGAUUGGCAGCGUCGAGUCCGUAAGGACCGAGAAGACAUAAGGGAGCUCCGUGUGCUAGUUGCCGGGGCAAAGAACAUGGAGCAGCAAGCUCGCUUCCGAGCCGUGGAGAGCCGGUUCCAAGGGCUCCUCGGAAGCAUGGAAAACAUGCUUGCUGUGGCCAUUCAAAAAACCAGUGCGGGCCAGGCCCCAUCUCACACACUACCCACAAGUGUGUCCACGGUCAAGGAACCUGUGGUUGUCUGCCAUCCGGUCGUGGGAAGCGAACAGCCAAGCUCCCAUGGCCAGGCAUUGGACAGUCAACCACAGAAAGUGGACAAGGGGAAAGGACGUGGUCCGAGAGUCCUCCCCCGCGAAGAAUGGGAGUGUGAUGAGAACCUGGUCCCGAUUGGUAAGCGACCAGUCCAUGAUUUCGAACAGUUUAGCGAGCUCAAGCCAACUAAUUCUCAUGUCACCCCACGAGAAGGGACCCCGAUGAGUGUCUGGGUGGAGACCUCACGAGAAGGGACCCCGAUGAGUGUCUGUUUUGACAACUCACGGGAAGGGUCCCCAAUGAGUGUCUGCACUCAGACCUCACGAGAAGGGUCCCCAAUGAGCGUCUGCUUUGAUAUCGAAACUGACGAAUUCAUGGACUGGGAGCCAGUAUAUGAGCCAAUGUUCACCCCUCGGCAGCUAGAACUGGCAAAAUUGAACUACGGUUUUAUGGAUUGGGAGAUUGUGCGCAAGCGUGUAGGUGUCGACAUCAGCGACGACGACCAACCGCCCCGCAAAAAGAGGGUCACCCAAGAAAUCGUGGAAGCCAACGGUUCGGUUCUGCUUCCAAAAUCUGGGGUAGACGUGAUGAACACAGUCCCGAAAGUGCCGGAAGUGAGUGUGCCAGCUGUUUCGCAGCCAGCUCAAUCUGUGCACGUUUCGAUAGAGGCUGUCCCCACCCAGGCGGUCACGAGUGAGCCAGCUGUUUCGCAGCCAACUCAGACUGUUCAGGGGGGCAUCGACACUGUGUCGACCGUGGAGGUGCCUAAUGAGGCAGCUGUGAGUGUGCCCGCUGUUCCUAAGCCAACUCAAGCUGUUCUCACCCAGACAGUCAUGAGUGAGCCAGCUGUUUCGCAGCCAACUCAGACUGUUCAGGAGUGCAUCGACACUGUGUCGACCGUGGAGGUGCCUAAUGAGGCAGCUGUGAGUGUGCCCGCUGUUCCUAAGCCAACUCAAGCUGCCUCUGAGACCACUUUGCACGGGUCUAUUGCCCCUGGGGACACUCUGGUCGCCCCUACUGUUCUUAUCACGUCUGAUGAAGUUGCGGGUGCACUUGCUCCCAGCAAGCCAACCCCAACUGAGUCAACCCAGAUUAUUGAGCCAUCGUCGGCUGAGAAAAUUCCGAGUGUGCCUGCUGUAACUAAGCCAACUCCGAAUCAAUCAGAUGCGACGUGGCAGCCAGAAGAUGAGCUUGUUGUUCCGAGCUUGCGGACCGGUACUCGUUCGCACCUCGAUAUAUUGCUUACGAGACGCGCGGCAAGGACUCAAGCUCGAUCUGAUAUUAUGUCUUCUGAGGGGUUGCAGGUCACAGCAACCUCUCCAACCAUCUCUACCUCUUCCAUGGUGGCCAGUCCCGAAGACGCUUCGGUCAAGAAUGCCGUUGCAACAGGGACAGAUUCCCGUGCGGGGGUUUCGAAAGGCGCCAAGAAGGUUGAGUAUGCCAAACCCCUACCCUGCAGCGCUCAACAGACAGCAGAAGAACAGCGCGUGGAAAUGGGAGGAGCAGAGGCAGCGACUUCUGGUUUUCAAAUGCCAGGAGCGUGGCCUUCCUACCCUCCCGCGGUCACUGCGUCUGACGAGUCCGACAUGCAAAAGGGGUCGGCUUUCCUAAGGGGGUUGUGGACAGGAGCUCGUCGGCUCUCCUUCGGUGUAUUCGCUAUGGUGAUGAUGAUUCUGUUGAUGAUUCUGCUGUCGUUCCCCCUAUGGGCAGGUCAUCUCGGACACCUAGUCUACGCCUUGGAGGGUCCUGAACAGUUCCUGGAGGAACUGCGCUGGGAACAUGGAUAUGGUGUUCCAUUCGUGGAGCAGAUUAUCUUUUUCCUCCUACGGUGCUUUGCCGGAGACCGGACUUUGUUCGGUUAA